AUGGAAGAAACAAACCAGUCUGCGGUGUCUGAGUUUAUUUUUCAGGGACUUUGUACCUCAAAGGAAAUCCAGAUCUACUUUCUGUUGUUCUUGUCUAUAUUUUAUCUGGUGAUUGUUGUGGGUAACCUCUUAAUUGUGCUAUUAAUUAUUACUGACCACCAUCUCCACUCCCCCAUGUACUUUCUGUUAGCUAAUCUUUCAUUUAUUGACUUCUGCCUUUCUUCAGUAACCACCCCCAAACUGACCACAGACCUCCUGAAGGACAAUAAAAUUAUUUCCUUUGGGGGAUGCAUGAGCCAGAUCCUCUGUGUGCAUUUCUUUGGAGGGGGUGAGAUGGUGCUUCUUGUGACAAUGGCCUAUGACCGGUAUGUGGCCAUCUGUAAGCCACUACAUUACUCCAGCAUCAUGGACAGACAGAAGUGCAUCUGGCUAGUUUUGAUUCCAUGGAUCAUUGGCUUUGUGCAUGGCAUGAGUCAACUGGUUAUAAUUUUGGAGCUGCCCUUCUGUGGACCUCGAGAAGUGGACAGCUUUUUCUGUGAUAUUCCUGUGGUAUUGAAAUUAGCUUGCAUGAAUACUGAUACUCUAAAAAUUGUGAUAAAUGCUGACAGUGGUAUUUUAGUAAUAACCUGUUUUAUUCUCUUGCUUGUUUCCUACACUAACAUUUUAUUAACUGUUCACCUUCAUUCUAAAGGCAGUUCAUCAAAAGCACUCUCUACCUGUACAUCCCACAUCAUAGUGGUUGCACUCUUCUUUGGACCUGUCUUAUUCAUCUAUCUGUGGCCAGUCAGCAUCACAUGGGUGGACAAAUUUCUUGCUGUGUUUUACACAGUAAUCACACCUAUUCUCAAUCCAGCUAUCUAUACACUGAGAAAUAAAGAUAUUAAAAAUGCCAUAAAGAAAUGGAUAAAAUGCUUAUGA